CUCACCGCCGAUGAGAUGGAUGAGCAGAGGAGACAGAAUGUCGCCUAUCAAUAUCUCUGUCGCUUAGAGGAAGCGAAACGAUGGAUGGAGGCUUGUUUGAACGAGGAGCUGGCCUCCCCUACGGAGCUGGAGGAGAGCUUACGGAACGGGGUCAUCCUCGCCAAGCUGGGCCACUGCUUUGCACCCGACGUCGUCCCGCUGAAAAAGAUUUAUGACCGCGAGCAGAUGCGCUACGAGGCAACUGGACUUCAUUUUCGACACACGGAUAAUAUCAACCACUGGCGCGAGGCCAUGACCCGCCUGGGGCUUCCUACGAUCUUUCACCCGGAGACAACGGACAUCUACGACAAGAAGAACAUGCCCCGGGUGGUCUAUUGCAUUCAUGCUCUGAGUUUAUACUUGUUUAAGCUGGGGUUGGCUCCGCAGAUCCAGGAUUUAUACGGGAAAGUGAACUUUACAGAGGAGGAAAUUAACAACAUGAAGCGGGAGCUGGAGAAAUACGGGCUCCAGAUGCCAGCCUUCAGCAAGAUCGGCGGGAUUCUCGCCAGCGAGCUCUCCGUGGAUGAAGCGGCAGUCCACGCUGCCGUCCUCGCCAUCAACGAAGCUGUGGAGAGGGGGGUGGUGGAGCAGACCAUGGCGGCCCUGCACAAUCCCAGCGCCAUGCUGCUCAACUUGCGAGAGAACCUCGCCGCCGUCUACCAGGAGAUGCUGUACCAGGUGAAGAUGGAGAAAGCUGGCAAUGCCAGGAACCGGUACCUGCAGGAGAGCCCAGAAAGCGAGGAUAUUUACGACCGGUGUCUGACUCAGGCUGAAAUACAAGGGAACAUCAACAAAGUCAACGUGAGGCAGGCCGUGAGCCGCAUCAACGCUUCGAUCCGCCGGGGGGAGGCGACGGGGACGGUGCGAGAAUUGAUGAGCCCCGAGGCCCAGCUGCCCGAGGCGUUUCCCUUCGCCGCCCAGCUGUACCAGCACGAGCUGGCCCUGCUACAGCAACACCAUCCGCAGGGUGAGUUGGGGCAGGAGGAACUGUACGUUGCAGUGGAGAUGCUCUCGGCCGUGGCGCUGAUCGACCGGGCGCUGGAAGCUGGGGACGUCUAUGGAUUCUGGAGUAGCCUGGUCAGCCCUGCCCUGGGCCUGUCUGACAUCGAGGAUGCGAACGCGCAGCGCUAUUUUGACGACUUGUUGAAACUGAAGCACCGGUCUGGGAAAGCCGGGGUUGCGUUCCUGAGCUGGAACGACAUCCAGGCCUGCGUGAACAGCGCCAACUCGGCGGUGCAAGACGAAAACGACAAGAUCCUCGCCAUCAGACUGAUCAACGAGGCGCUGGCGCAGGACGACCCGGAGAAGACGCUCACUGCUCUGCUGCUGCCCUCUGCUGGGUUCUCUGCCGUGACUCUCCCAGGAGCGAGGCGUUACCACGAUGUCCUGACCGCCGCGCUAAGGCAGAAAGCCCAGGUGACCAGAGAUGAUGGAGCAGCUCUCUGGUGGGAGGAGAUCCAGCAAGGGGUUUCCAAGGCCAAUCAGGACACCGAGGCAGCCAGGAGACUGGCUCUAGGCAUUGCUGCCAUCAACCAGGCCAUAAAAGAAGGGAAGCCGGCUCAGACGGCACGCGUGCUGUGUAACCCGGACGUCUCCCUGCGCGGCGUCGUGGCAGAAUGUGCAGGGGCCUACCAGGCACAGCUCGCCGCCCUCCUGGCUGCCAAGAGACAAGCAGGGAACGCCAAACGCCACUGGGUCAGACACCAGCUGAAAGAUGGCAGCGUGUAUUACUUCAGCCUGCAGAGUUUCGAAGGCAGCUGGGAGCGGCCGCGUGACUCUGUCCUUAACUCCACCCACCUCAGCCGGGAGGAAAUCCAGUCGACGAUCACGGAAGUGACCACGGCCCACGACCAGGAACGCCUCUGGGAAUCCAACGCUGGAUUCGUCGUGAGGCUGCAGGCCCGCAUGAGGGGCUACCUGGUCCGCCAGGAAUUCAUGGCCCGCAGACAUCUGUUGCGGGAGCAGUUACCAGCUGUUAUCAAAAUUCAAUCAUGCUGGAGAGGCUACAGACAGCGCAGCGCUUACCUGCAAAGAUUACGGUACUUGCGAAAAACCAGAGAUGCUGUGAUAAAGAUCCAGGCAUACGUGAGGAUGUGGCGAGCUCGUAAAAGGUACCGGGAACGGCUGCGCUACUUCAGGAAGAACAUUAAUGCUGUAAUUAAAAUCCAGGCUUUUGUGAGAGCUAACAAGGCCCGUGGGGAUUACAGAAUGUUGGUCCACGCCAGGGACCCGCCACUGAGCAUCGUCCGGCGCUUCGCCCACCUGCUGGAGCAGAGCCAGCACGACUUCUGGGAGGAGUCGGAGCUGCUGAAGCUGCGGGAGGAGGUGGUGAAGAGGAUCCGCUCCAACCAGCAGCUGGAGAGCGACCUCAACCUUAUGGACAUCAAGAUCGGGCUUCUGGUUAAGAACAGGAUCACGCUGCAGGAGGUGGUUUCCCACUGCAAGAAGCUGACGAAGAAGAACAAAGAGCAGCUGUCGACCCUGAUGGCCAUCGACAAACAGAAGGGGCUCAAGUCGCUCAGCAAGGAGAAGCGCCAGAAGCUGGAGGCCUAUCAGCACCUCUUCUACCUGCUGCAGACCCACCCUGUGUACCUGGCUAAGCUGAUUUUCCAGAUGCCCCAGAACAAGUCGACCAAGUUCAUGGAAUCGGUGGUCUUCACGCUCUACAACUACGCGUCCAACCCCAGAGAGGCCUACCUGCUCCUUCAGCUCUUCAAAACCGCCCUGCAGGAGGAGAUCAGGUCCAAAGUCGACCAGCUCCGUGACAUCCUAACGGGGAACCCCACCGUGAUCCGGCUGGUGGUGAGCUUUUACCGGAAUGCCCGUGGGCAGAACGCCUUGCGUCAGAUCCUGGGCAGCCCCGUGCAGGAGGUUCUGCAGGACAGAACCCUCAGCAUCCGCACCAACCCCGUGGACAUCUACAAGGCCUGGAUCAACCAGCUGGAGUCUCAGAGCGGACAGAAGAGCAAGCUCCCAUAUGAUGUUAGCCCCGAGCAGGCCCUGAGCCACCCCGAGGUUCAGCGUCGGCUGGACAUCUCCAUCCGCAACCUCCUGGCAGUGACGGACAAGUUCCUCUCUGCCAUCACCUCUUCCGUGGACAAAAUUCCCUACGGGAUGCGCUACGUGGCCAAAGUCCUAAAGACGUCCCUGGCUGAGAAAUUCCCAGACACCGGCGAGGAGGAGAUCUGCAAGAUUGUCGGGAACCUGCUCUAUUACCGUUUCAUGAACCCGGCCGUGGUGGCUCCGGACGGCUUCGAUAUCGUUGAUAUCUCUGCCGGCGUGGCCCUGCACCCGGAGCACCGGCGCAACCUGGGCUCCAUUGCCAAGAUCCUGCAGCACGCGGCGGCCAAUAAGAUGUUCGAGGGGGAAAACGGCCAUCUGCGGGUGGUGAACCAGUACCUGGAAGAAACCCACUCUAAGUUCAGGAAGUUCAUCUGUGCUGCCUGUUCCGUCCCUGAGCCGGAAGAAAGGUUUAAUGUGGAUGAGUACUCGGAGAUGGUAGCUGUGGCCAAGCCGGUCGUCUACAUCACGGCGGCGGAGAUCAUUAACACCCACAAGCUGUUACUAGAGCAUCAGGACUCCAUUUCGCCCGAUCACAAGGACCCUCUGCAUGAGCUUCUGGAAGACCUUGAUGAGCUGCCUACCGUCCAGUCUCUAAUAGGCGAGAGCGCUCCGAACCCAGGCGAUGGCAGCCCCGAGCAAGCACUGGCCCAGCUCGGCAAGCAGGAGGUCUCGCUCACCCUCACCAACAAGUUCGAUGCGGUGGAGACCAGUAGCGAGGAGGCGGAUACAAGGAGCUUGCUGCUGAGCACCAAACAGAUGCUAGUGGACGUGAUCCAGUCCCAGCCGGGGGAUUCCCUCUUGGAGAUCUUACGGACAGCUGCAUCAGAGGAUCAGGAAGCCUUCCAUCACCACCAGAUGCACAGACGGGCCCUGCGCGAGGCCCAGACCCCGGACAGGUUGAAACGCAACCGCUCCCUGGCUGGCAACAGCCAGCUCUCCAUGGAAGAGAAGAAGCGGAAAGUCAUCCGGAACCUGCGGCGCUUGGAGAGCCUGGGGGUGGUGGACUCAGCCAAUCAGUACCAGGAGAUCAUCAACGAGAUGGCCAAGGAUAUUCGCAAUCAGAGGCGCUACCGGCAGCACCGCAAGGGGGAGCUAGUGAAACUGCGGCAGACCCUCUGCGGCCUCAAUUCCAAGACCUUGUUUUAUGAGGAGCAAAUCGACUAUUACAAUCAGUACAUCCGGACGUGUCUGGACAACCUGGCUGCCAGCAGCAAGCUCAACGGGAAGAGCAAGAAGCAGCAGUCGCUGCAUUACACGGCGGCGCGGCUCUUUGAGAAGGGCGUAUUGCUGGAGAUAGAAGACCUGCCUGUCAGCCAGUUCCGGAACGUGAUUUUCGACAUCAUUCCGUGUGGGGAAGCCGGCAAGUUCCAGGUGAAGGCCAGAUUUAUGGGGAUCGACAUGGAGAAGUUUCAGCUCCACUAUCAGGACCUGCUGCAGCUGCAGUACGAAGGUGUGGCCGUCAUGAAGCUGUUCGACAAGGCCAAAGUCAACGUCAACCUGCUCAUUUUCCUCCUCAACAAGAAGUUCUUCAGGAAGUAG